AUGACCUGCCUGGGGACAGAGAAGCCAGGGCUCCUGCUGCUGCUUCAGAGCUGUGCCAGCUACUUGGAGAACCUUGGUUCAGAGCAAACGGUGCCCUCUGCCCAGGCCAUGGGGCGCUGCAUGUCUGUGGGGCUCACAGCGCGGUGCUUUUGGAACAGCCUACUGAGGCUGGGCAUGCUCUACAAGCAGGCAGCCCCACAGAAAAGGGUAAACCAAGGGGAGAUCCUCACCUCCAAGCCCACAGCCAAGGGUGAGCCAGCCAGGAGCCCUGAAUUUGUGACUGCCAAGUUCAUCAAGCCCCCCUCCCCAAUGCCGGGCUCGCCCCAGACCUGCCAGGAGCCAGACAGCCUCCCUGCCAGAGUAUCCCUGCAAUGUCCAGCCAGGACCGUCAAGAACAGUAGGAGCGUCCACUCCCAGACUGUGGAGACGGCCCUGGUGCCCUGUGAUGCAUGCAUCAGUGUCCAGGGAAGCCUGCGGGAGGUGGGCAACAUGGUCAUCAGCCUAUGUCAGAGCCAGAACUUGCCCUCGUCCUUAGGCCAGUUCCAGCAGCUGGUGCAGGACAACAUGGGGCUCAGGCCGCUGCCGGCCGCCACCAUGGGCCACUGGGCGGCAGAGCAGAGCAAAGACCUGACACGCCUCAGUAAGCAUGUGGGGGCCCUUGCUCAGCUUGUUGGGCCCCUUAGGGCCCAGCUGGAGGAGGCUGAGGGCCAGAAGGAUGGACUGAGGAAGCAGGUGGGCGAGCUGGAGCAGGCACUGCAGCAGGAGCAGGGGGAACGGCGGCGACAGGCAGAUGAAGCCGCGCAGCACCUGGUGGAGUGGGAGCGCAACAAGCAGCAACUGCUCACAGAAACAAGUGACCUCAGGAUGAAGGUGGCCACCCUGGAGAUGGAGCUGAAGCAGCAACAGGAGUCCAUGCAGGCUGUGGAGACCAAGGCCCGGCAGCUUCAAGAGGAGGCCGAGCGCAGGGCAGAGGCCGAGAGGCAGGUACACCGGCUGGAGGAGCAGGUGCAGGUGCUGGCAGGGCGGCUGGAUGGGGCCAGCCAGCAGAUCCACUGGGCCAGCACAGAGCUGGACAAGGAGAAAGCCCGAGUUGACAGCAUGGUCCGCCACCAAGAGUCCCUGCAGUCCAAACAGCGAGCCCUGCUGCAGCAGCUGGACAGCCUGGACCAGGAACGUGAGGAGUUGCGGGGCAGCCUGGACAAGGCCGAGGCCCAGCGGGCCCACGUGGAGGAGCAGCUGCAGAAUGUACGGAGCGAGAGGGAGCAGGGGCAGAGCCAGCUCCUGGCCCAGCAGGAGCUACUGCAGAGCCUGCAGCGGGAGAAGCAAAGCCUGGAGCAGACCACGACAGAUCUGCAGUUGACCAUAUCGGGGAUGGAACAGGAGCUCGUGGAGCUGAGGGAGCGGGAGCGACUGCUGGUGGCCUUCCCAGACCUGCACAGACCCAUCGAGGCCCAGAUCCCAAGCUCCGGCAAUGUUACAGACGACAUGGAGAGGCAGGUGCAGGCCAACGACAUCCGCAUCUGGGUCCUGCAGGAGGAGAAUGGGCGGCUCCGGUCUAUGCUGUCCAAAAUCCGGGAAGUAGCCCAGCAGGGCGGCCUUAAGCUGAUUCCACAGGACCAGCUCUGGGCCCCUCACAACAAGGGCAUCCACGGAGCAGCGCCCCUGGCCCAGGCCCAGAACGCAUCCCCAGGGCCCCCGGACAGGCAGCACCUGCCCAGCAGCAGGACAGCCAGUGCGGGCAGGACCCUACCGUGCCAGCUCCGGGCAUCCCCACCUCAGCAGCCCUGCAGCCGGUCCAGCAAGCCCUCCUUGGAGGACAUGACCCACUCGACCAACUAUGCUCAGAACCCCAUCCGGGCCUUGGGCAAUGGGAGAAGAGGGCACACCAAGGACAGAAAGAAGCUCCAGUACCUGGGCCAGGUGAAAGGCCCACAGCAAGGGCAAAAGGGUGAUGUGGAGUCGGUGAUUCCUACCAAUGAAGAGCAAGCUUCAAGUAUCCUGGGCGGCAACCUAUAG